AUAGGAUGAAUUAUCUCAAGCUAACAUUCGACAAGCUGGAGGUGGGAGAAAUAAGUGAGCUGGUAACACACGAAAGUUGCGGAGCUGUCUCGCUUUUUGUCGGAACUACGCGGGAUUGCUUCGAGGGAAAAACGGUUGUACUGCUGCAGUACGAAGCGUACGAGGCGAUGGCCCUGAAAUCCAUGAACCACAUUUGCGAAGACAUGCGAUCUCGCUGGCCGGAUCUGAAGCAUAUUGCCGUGUAUCAUCGGCUAGGGACGGUCCCAGUGAAGGAAGCUUCCGUCGUUAUCGCUGUCAGUUCUCCGCACCGGGAGGCCAGCUUGGCAGCGGUGCAUUUUGCGAUCAACGAGCUGAAGAAGAGUGUCCCGGUAUGGAAGAAGGAACAUUACAUCGAAGGGCAAGGAAGUUCCGAAUGGAAAGAGAACAAAGAAUGUACCUGGUCGAAAAACUUUAAAGAUAAUCACAUUCUUUGACCGGGUGAAACGUUUUGUUGUGCAUGGAAAACGGCGUAGCAAAGCAAACAAAAUCUUAUGGUGCAAUAUCAAAUUUCAAUCCGCUAAUUGAUAUAAGUGAAAAUGGUGCAGGUCUAGAACAACGUAAAGUUUAUAUUUUUCUAUUUUUGCAAAGCAAAAAACAUAAACAAUUCCACUCAUGUCUGUCUCAAACACAAAUAAUGGUAGCUUUCGAAGCACAAAACGGCCUUACCUAACAUCGAAUGGAAGCAAAUACCCAUAACUUGCUGUAAACACUCUUCAGUUUAUAAACGCACAGGUUGCGAGAGAAACGAUUAAAAUGCCAUCUCAUCGUCGUUCGGUUGAGGUAAGUAACUUACACUUCCUACUAUGAAUAUAAGCGCUUCGGGUGCAAUUGAUUCAAUCAA